AUGCCUCGUCCUCAAAUUGUCGCCCUUCUCAUAGAUUUGUCUGGCACACUACAUAUCGGCUCCGAUCCAGUCCCUCGCGCAGUCUCCGCCGUCCAGAAACUGCGGCAAUUGAACAUUCCUUUCCGCUUCUGCACUAAUACGAGUAAGGAGUCGACGAAUGAUCUAAAGGACCGCUUGCGGCGUAUGGGCUUUGAAGUACGACCUGGCAAUAACGGGGAGCAGGAAGAAGUCUGGACGAGUAUAGGAGCAGUGAAGCGCGCCCUAACAAGCAAGGGCUUGAAGAAGCCGUACUUCAUCCUGACUGAGUCUGCCAUCCAAGAGUGCGCCUCAGCCCUCCCGUUUUACUCUCAAGCGUCCAAUGACGACACUCAAUCAUACGACUCGGUUGUGGUCGGGCUUGCUCCGGAGCGUUUCACCUACGACACUCUCAAUACAGCUUUCCGUACCCUCGUCUCCCCAUCGCCCAGCCCAGUUCCCUUCCUCGCGACGCACAGAGCGAAAUACAUUCGCUCGCCCGAUGGGGAACUCUCGCUCGGUCCUGGUCCUUUCGUAACGGCUUUGGAACACGCUUCCGGCGUGAACGUGGAAGUACUAGGCAAACCUUCGACAGAGUUCUUCCAGACCGUCGUCAGUAGUAUGCAAAUCCCCGAUUCGGGAAGAAUUGCUAUUAUCGGUGAUGAUAUCGAAGCUGAUCUAGGUGACGGGGCGGUCGAGUUGGGAUUCUGGAGGGUAUUAGUAAAAACCGGAAAGUAUCGCCCUGGGGACGAGUCAAAACCAGGUGUCGUCCCUGCGGACGAAGUACAAGAUUCAUUUGCUGCGUUUGUGGACAGUCUGGUCGGAGGACAAUGACCAAUUGGGAUGCCAUCGCGCCCUUAGAUUACAGACGAAUAGAUAAUAGCGGUGAGCAGCUCUACAUGACAUAGCACAGUAAUAACGUACGUAUAAGUGGGAACGUGACGCUCAUAUCUGCUCAUAUAUAGUGAACCUGCAAGGUAGCUGAACAUCAAUCCUGUUCCUAUUAUAGUGCUGUAUUGCAUGCGAACCCAGCCAUCGCUUCC